AUGAUGAUAAUCAGAAACUUGGCAAAGCUUAACCAGCUAAUGGGUUUCCAGAGAUCACACGCCAUUACUACUCAAAAAGUGCAGCCUAUUUCAGAUCAGUCAAAGGUUGAAGAUGAUCAGAAAAACAAUAACAUUAUUGGUGAAAUCAUAAUCUCCGAAAACACAAUAACAUUCCCAAAUCUACAGAAUUAUAUUCCUAGUGUCGUCAAUCCUACUUAUUCAGAUGCCACUUACGACUCAUGGGUGGUAGAACACCCGUCUGCUUUGGGAUCGUUUGAUCUGAUGAUGAAAGAAGUGAAAGGGAAAAAAGUGGUGGUGUUCUUAGAUUAUGAUGGGACUCUCUCGCCAAUUGUAGAUGAGCCUGACCGAGCUUUCAUGUCUGAUGAGAUGCGUGCAGCGGUGCGUCAAGUCGCAAAAUAUUUUCCAACCGCUAUUAUCAGCGGCAGAAGCCGAGAGAAAGUUAAAGAAUUUGUGAAGUUGAACAACGUGUAUUAUGCUGGGAGUCAUGGAAUGGACAUAGUGUCGCCACCGAGAGCGGCGAAGUCUAUUGAUAUUAGCAAGUACAGCACCAUAGCCAUUGAUAAUAAGGCAAAUCAAGUCCCUUUUCAACCAGCCAAGGAAUUUUUGCCUGCAAUUCAAUCGAUGCAAGCAGCACUGGAAGAAAAUGUUAGGAAAAUAAAAGGUGCCAAAGUAGAGAACAACAGAUUUUGCAUUUCAGUCCACUUCAGAAAUGUCCGAGAAGAGGAUUAUGGGUUAUUGGAGGAGAAGGUGAAAUCUGUACUGGUGGGCUAUCCAGAUUUCUGCUCACGUGAGGGCAUAAAGGUUAUAGAAAUACGACCAUUCAUUGAGUGGAACAAAGGUCAUGCCCUAGAGUACUUGCUGGAUGCUUUAGGGUUAAGCAAAUCUUCUGACGUUCUCCCAAUUUACAUUGGGGAUGAUCGAACAGACGAAGAUGCAUUCAAGGCUCUAAAAAGCAGAGGACAAGGGUAUCCAAUCAUUGUAUCUACUGUUGCAAAAGAAACUGAAGCUUCCCACUCUCUUCGUGACCCUUCAGAGGUACUAUCCUUCUUGCUAAAAUUAGCCAGAUGGAGGAGAUCUUCUUCUACUUCUUUUAGGGCUCUUUCUCAGGUCUGGGCUGUAGAGGAUUGAAGUCAGAAGAAGUCCAAUGAAGUUCAAAUAGUUUUGGACUUGUGUAAAGUUUUAGAAAAUGACAAGUAUAAAAGGAGGAGGAUAUGAUUCCUCCAUGUUUUUCUUUUUCUUUAAA